UCUCUCUGCUCUCGCGGUGCUCGUCCAUCUUCCUCUUCCCCUCCAUCCUCUUCAUCUUCCUCUUCAUCUUCAUCUUCAUCAUGUCCGGAUCAAAACAGGAGGAGGACCGAAAAGGAUCAAACCAAUGGCGGGAAUUCUUCUGGAAUCCCCGGACUCACGAGCUCCUGGGCCGAACCGCGACCAGCUGGGGGCUCAUCCUGCUCUUCUACCUGUUCUUCUACCUCUUCCUGGCUGGAAUGUUCGCUCUCACCAUGUACAUCAUGCUGUUGACUCUGGACGACUACAAACCCACCUGGCAGGACCGUCUGGAGACCCCAGGCAUGAUGAUUCGUCCAAAGGGCGAUCAGCUGGAAAUCUCCUUCUCCGUCUCCGACACUGAGAGCUGGGACGGCUUCGUGUCCAACCUCAACAACUUCCUGUCCCCGUACAAUGACAGUUUCCAGGUUCAGACCAACGAUAACUGUCCACCAGACCAAUACUUUAUACAGGAGGACAGUGGAGAGGUUCGGAACAACCCAAAGCGUUCUUGUCAGUUCAAUCGGACCACGCUGGAGGACUGUUCUGGACUUCUGGACCGUUUCUAUGGUUACAGCAGAGGACAGCCAUGCAUCCUCAUCAAACUGAACCGGGUCAUUGGCAUGUUACCAGGAAAGGACCGACAGUCCCCAUACGUGACCUGUGGAGCCAAGAAAUACAAAGUGGGACCAGAUGAGUGGAGGGAGGACUCUGAUAAAAUUGGACCUGUUGUUUAUUUUCCUCCAAAUGGAACCUUCAACCUGAUGUAUUAUCCAUACUAUGGCAAGAAAGCACAGGUGAACUACACUCAGCCUCUGGUUGCUGUCAAGUUCCUGAACGCCUCAUUGAACACAGAUAUCAACAUUGAGUGUAAAAUCAACUCUAACACACUUGAAGCCGGCAGCGAGAGGGACAAGUUCGCAGGACGGGUUUCCUUCAAACUGCGGAUCAACGAAAAAUAAACAUGAAACUCAAAU